AUGGGGAAUUCCUACUAUAAAUACUUAUUUAGAUUUUUUAUUUGUUGCUCACUACUGUCAUUCAUUAAAGCAGAUUCUGAUAGUUUUCUUUCAAGUUCCGACGACAAUAAUAAUGAUUUUGACAAAUUUCAAUUCAGGCUUGCUUGCCAACGGGUUAAUGCAGAUGAUCAACAUCCCAAAUAUAACAGCAUCGACGACGAGGGUAACAGUGGGAUUGGUAGUACUUAUUUCAAUCUCCAGGAUUGGGAAUUAGCUCUUGGUUAUGAUGAAAAGCUGCUACAUCAUAUUUCUCAAUUGUCGCAAACCACAGAAGAAAUAAAUGGAUUCUCUGUGUCUCGAUACAUUCGCCCUGAGGAGAGAGACACUUUUCUUGGCCCGUUUACAUACAAUGGAAGUUCUGUACGCACACUCAAUUUUCCUGCAAAUUCCAGUAAACGACACGAAUUCCUUGAAAUCGAAGAAAAAACAAGAGGAGUGUAUUGCUUUGCUACGAGACCAUUGUUGAAAAAUGGCUCUGUAAAUAUGCCGUAUACGGAAUUUAAUAGAAUGAAUCCAGAGUUUGAAGGUGUCCCAGUCCCUCAUGAGAGGACUGUCAAUUACUUUCUUUUGAUGUUUCCAGUUAGUUUGCUCUUCCUUGCUACUUGUUGGGUGUGUAUGAUGCUUCUUCACCGAUCGAAACUCCUUCCGGUACAUUACGGACUUUUGCUACUUAUUAUUUGCUCGGUUUUAGGGAAACCAAGUAUUCAUUUUAUAAUUGACUUGAACAAUUAUACAUUUUUUGGUCCUGAUCAAUGGAUAAAAUAUACAAUGUUGACAGAAAUAAAAAGGGCUAUUGAUAUAUUUGCUCAGCGUUUGGUACUAUUUCUCAUUGCUUUCGGUUAUGGAGUAUGGCGUCCCAUUGAUCGAAAAUCAAUUUCCUGUGGAAUUCUUGUCUUAUCAAUUCCAAUGAUGUUUUGCACUAUAAACCAGCUCACCACUCAUCAUUAUCCAUGGUUAGUUGCAAUUAACCAAUUUUUGGGUAAGCCGAGCCACAACUUGGUUUGGAUGUAUGCAACCUACCUUUUAAAUCAUUCUCUUAAGUCAGCUGGUUCUGUGGAAUCGGCGUACUCUAUGAAGUUAGCAAAACAAUCGCUGUGGUACUGCGUUGCAAGGAUCGCAUUGGAUCCUAUUGUCCUUGUCUAUUUUCAAUGGGGAGACUUUUAUGCGUAUUACACCAUCUUGUAUGGAUUUAAGGUGUUGUUACCAUGCUAUAUUUGGCGCGUAUCUAAGAACGAGUUGACUUAUAAUAGUGAAAAUGAAAAGGAGUAUGAAGAUACCCUAACAACAGUGCAGAAUCGCACAUAA